AAUUGAUUUUGGGAGCCCGGGAGUUUCUGUAGUGGCUAGUCGGUCGCGUGGAUUUUUGCGCAAGUUUUUAGAAAAAAACACUGACUCUAGUAGAGCAUUUCUCCGGAAAGUUUCAAGUGCAGCAAAAUAGCGAACAUGUAAAACUGGCCAAGGGGAGACCUCUAGUGGUUAAACGCUUCUUUAAGUUCGGAAGGCCGAGAGCAAAGUUUGGCCUUUGCAUGUAGCUACGUAGUCCGUUCAGACGUGGAAGUAAUUGGACGACCUGAACGAGCAGCCAGAUGUUGUGUGAAUAGAUGCCGAUCAGAAAUAACGAGGUUUUAGUAAAUUGGAGAGCAGAUACGUUCUGAUGACCCAGAGCCUAUACUUCCUAUCCCUCUUUGUUUAUAUGGGAAAAACACUUUGCUGUUAUUCUGGGAAUUGAGAUGGAUCUAUAACCCAGUUAGGAACAAUUGCUUGUGUUUAGAUUUAUCAUUAUCUUUAUCUCUUAUCAACUUUUAGUCAGGAGUCACAGCGGGUCGUUUCAUUUUGAAUGUUAAUGAAAAUGCAAAGUGUUUAAAACUGAAAAAAAUGAAAAAGACCUUUGGUUGAAAUUUGUCUUUUAUAUAAACUGGUCAUUUUAUUUCCCAAUAAAUGGACUUAAAGGCUGCCAUUUAGUUUUUUUAACAGUGCAGUUUCAUACAGUCACAAAAUAAAUAGUAUCUUUUAGUUCUAAGAAUGUAAUUUUGUUUCGCUAUGAUUAAGACCCUAUUUCUGAAUACUUUGUAUAAGUUGUGAUUUAAAUAUUUACAUAUAUGGCAAAAACUGCUUACAUAAUGUCUAUUCCUUUGCCAAUGUGUGUUCUGCAAAGUAACUUCAGUUUUAAAGACAAAGGCACUGAGAGACAUUCAAGUAGAAUCAAAUGAUUCUUGUAACUUUCACCUGCCACUUGUACGGUGGGGGGAAACUUUAGGAGUUUAGGAUAGGGGAAUAAUAUGAAUGAUAAAAUCCAUUUCAUCUCAUCCAGAACUAUUUUGUUUUUAGUAUUCUCAGUGGUAUUGUGUGAAAUUAUGCAAUGAGUCAGUGAUCCAAAAUGUAAACAUAUUAAUUGUGGAUUUAAAGGCUUCUUUUUUUACGACAAUGCAUUGAUUUUACUUUUCCUCUUUUUAAAUGAAUGCCGGACCUGUAGGAGAAGUCUUGGGGGAGGACAGCAAUCCUAAAGACCACCAGACAGUUAUUUCGUCACUGCCACUAAGUUCAAAAGUAGAUCAUGACUGAAUCUGCCUCUAGCACAGGUGGUCAAGAGUUUGAUGUAUUCAGUGUUAUGGACUGGAAAGAUGGAGUAGGCACAUUACCAGGAAGUGACUUGAAGUUUCGGGUAAAUGAGUUUGGAGCCCUGGAAGUUAUCACAGAUGAGAGCGAGAUGGAAAAUGUCAAAAAAGCAACAGCCACCACAACGUGGAUGGUACCAACUGCUCAAGAAGUCUUUUCAGAGAAGACUGGGAUGCCUUUCAGGUUGAAGGAUCCAGUGAAAGUAGAAGGGCUUCAAUUCUGUGAAAACUGUUGUCAGUAUGGCAACGUAGACGAAUGUCUUUCAGGAGGAAACUAUUGCAGCCAGAAUUGUGCCCGGCAUCUCAAAGACAAAGAUCAGAAGGAGGAAAGGGACCUAGGAGAGGACAAUGAGGAAGAAGAUCCUAAGUGUAGUCGGAAGAAGAAACCAAAAUUAUCUCUGAAAGCCGACUCCAAGGAGGAUGGAGAAGAUCGAGAUGAUGAAAUGGAGAACAAACAAGACGGAAGAAUCCUGAGGGGUUCGCAGAGAGCCCGAAGGAAAAGACGAGGUGAUUCCACUGUAAUAAAGCAAGGCUUGCCUCCUAAAGGAAAGAAAGCCUGGUGCUGGGCAUCCUACCUGGAAGAAGAAAAGGCUGUGGCGGUGCCAGCGAAGCUGUUCAAGGAGUAUCAAUCCUUUCCUUAUAACAAAAAUGGGUUUAAAGUUGGCAUGAAAUUAGAAGGUGUGGACCCUGAGCAUCAGUCUGUGUACUGUGUCCUCACUGUGGCUGAGGUGUGUGGAUACCGGAUAAAACUGCACUUUGAUGGAUAUUCUGAUUGCUAUGACUUCUGGGUAAAUGCGGACUCUCUGGAUAUUCAUCCGGUCGGGUGGUGUGAGAAAACUGGCCACAAACUCCAUCCUCCGAAAGGCUAUAAAGAAGAAGAAUUUAAUUGGCAGACCUAUCUGAAGACAUGCAAAGCCCAGGCUGCUCCCAAGUCAUUAUUUGAAAAUCAGAAUAUAACAGUGAUCCCAUCAGGCUUUCGAGUUGGAAUGAAGCUCGAAGCUGUAGACAAAAAGAAUCCUGCGUUCAUCUGCGUUGCUACGGUGACAGAUAUGGUGGACAAUCGUUUCCUGGUACAUUUUGACAACUGGGAUGAAAGCUAUGACUACUGGUGUGAAGCAUCGAGUCCACACAUUCAUCCAGUCGGGUGGUGUAAAGAACAUAGAAGAACACUCAUCACUCCUCCAGGUUAUCCAAAUGUGAAACAUUUUUCUUGGGAUAAAUACUUAGAAGAAACCAAUUCCUUACCCGCUCCUGCUAGAGCUUUCAAAGUGAAACCUCCGCAUGGAUUCCAGAAAAAAAUGAAGCUUGAAGUCAUAGACAAGAGAAAUCCUAUGUUUAUUAGAGUAGCAACAGUUGCAGACACUGAUGAUCACCGAAUAAAAGUCCACUUUGAUGGCUGGAAUAGUUGCUAUGACUACUGGGUAGAUGCGGAUUGUCCUGAUAUUCACCCUGUGGGCUGGUGUUCAAAAACCGGACAUCCUCUUCAGCCCCCUUUGAGCUCUGUAGAAUUAAUGGAAGCUUCAGAACAUGGCGGAUGCUCAACCCCAGGAUGUAAAGGAAUUGGUCAUUUUAAGAGAGUGAGACACCUGGGCCCUCACAGUGCUGCCAACUGUCCCUAUUCAGAAGUCAAUUUGAAUAAAGACCGAAUUUUCCCAGAUCGCUUAAGUGGUGAGAUGCCUCCGGCUAGUCCAUCAUUUCCAAGAAAUAAAAGGGCAGACACAAAUGAAAUCUCUUCGUCUCCUGAAACCAGAGACCCGCAUGCUGAUGAUGUCAAAGAAGACUUCGAAGAGAGAACAGAAAGUGAAAUGAGGAUGUCGCAUGAAGCCAGAGGUGCCCGGGAAGAGCCCAGCGUACAGCAGGCACAGCGCCGGUCGGCUGUCUUUCUGUCCUUUAAGUCACCAAUCCCAUGCCUGCCCUUGCGCUGGGAGCAGCAGAGCAAACUUCUCCCCACCGUAGCCGGAAUCCCUGCCAGUAAAGUUUCCAAGUGGAGCACAGAUGAGGUGUCAGAAUUCAUACAGAGCUUACCUGGCUGUGAAGAACACGGAAAGGUAUUUAAAGAUGAACAAAUUGAUGGAGAAGCCUUCCUGCUUAUGACCCAAACAGACAUUGUUAAAAUUAUGAGCAUUAAGUUGGGCCCUGCUCUCAAAAUUUUCAAUUCUAUCCUGAUGUUCAAAGCUGCAGAGAAGAACUCUCACAAUGAACUUUGAAGAUGGUGAAUUUCGAAUACCAUCAGCUUUCUGCUUUAAAGCUCAUGUUUUAUUCAAAGCACAAGGACAGUUAUAACUCCUAAGCGAGAAGUCUCCAAAACUCAAAAGAGCAAUGCUAUCAGAUUAUUUAUAUUCCUCAAGAGACAAUAUAUAUGAAUCCUUAUGAAAGUGCUUCAGCUUUUAACCAGGUACUAAGAGCACUCAUCCUUUGGUUCUGUUCACUGAGCUAAAUUUAUCUUUGUAAAUCUUUUUGAGGCUGGGGGUGGGUUGGGGGGGAAGGGAACUUCAUUAAUUAUUUAUGGUAAAGGGGGGUCAGAGUAUGAACUUUUGGCAUUUUGUAAACAUUGUUGAAUUCUCUUUCAUGUACACGGUUUCUUUUUCAGUACUUUCAGAAACCUUUUUAUAUAAUCCAACUUCAACUUAAACCAAAUUAGUCAAAACCUGGCUAAGUUUAGCCAGUGGGACUGUUACCUGUAUUGUUGAUUCCGUGCCAUAUUUUGAACUGCAACAUUAUGCUAAGUAUAACUUUGCAAGUCAUGAUAUUGCCUAACUGCUUGUCAUAAUCUGUUGGGGCUGAAUAGAUGUAAAAACUACUUUUCUCUAAAUCAGUGUUUUUACUUUUGCACGCAUUAUGAAAUGUUAAACAAAUUACUUUUCACCAGCAUCGUUACUAUAAUUACCAAAAACGUGUAUAUAAAUAAUGGAAUUGAAAAAUAAAAUCUAUAAAUAAAGUAGGUGAUGUAUUUGAAUGGCA